AUGUCUCACCGCAAGUACGAGCAGCCCCGUCACGGUUCGUUGGCAUUCCUUCCCCGCAAGCGCGCCGCCUCCCACCGCGGCCGUGUUAAGUCGUUCCCCCGCGACGACAAGACCAAGCCCGUUGGUCUUACUGCCUUCCUUGGUUACAAGGCUGGUAUGACCACCAUCGUCCGCGACUUGGACCGUCGUGGCUCCAAGAUGGACAAGCGUGAGGUCGUUGAGGCUGUCACCGUUGUCGACACCCCUCCCAUGGUCGUUGUUGGUGUUGUUGGCUACGUCGAGACCCCCCGCGGUCUCCGCUCUCUCACCACCGUCUGGGCUGAGCACCUCUCCGACGAGGUCAAGCGCCGCUUCUACAAGAACUGGUACAAGUCCAAGAAGAAGGCCUUCACCUCUUACGCCAAGAAGUACGCCGAUGGUGCUGCCUCUGUCGAGCGUGAGCUUGAGCGCAUUCGCAAGUACGCUACCGUCGUCCGCGUUCUUGCCCACACCCAGAUCCGCAAGACCCCUGUUGGUCAGAAGAAGGCUCACCUUGCUGAGAUCCAGAUCAACGGUGGCUCUGUUGCCGACAAGGUCAACUGGGCCAAGGAGCACUUUGAGAAGACCGUCGACGUUGCCUCUGUCUUCGAGCAGGACGAGAACAUCGAUGUCAUCGCCGUCACCAAGGGUAAAGGUUACGAGGGUGUUACCGCCCGUUGGGGUACCAAGAAGCUUCCCCGUAAGACCCACCGUGGUCUUCGUAAGGUCGCCUGUAUCGGUGCCUGGCACCCUGCCCACGUCCAGUGGACUGUUGCCCGUGCCGGUCAGGACGGUUACCACCGUCGUACCUCCAUCCACCACAAGGUCUACCGUGUUGGCAAGGGCGAGGACAAGGCUAGCGCCGCUACCGCUUUCGACCGCACUGAGAAGACCAUCACUCCCAUGGGUGGCUUCGUUCGUUACGGUUCUGUCAACAACGACUUCUUGAUCAUCAAGGGCUCUAUCCCCGGUGUCAAGAAGCGGGUUGUCACUCUCCGCAAGUCCCUCAAGGUCCACACCUCUCGUCGUGCUACCGAGAAGGUCGAGCUCAAGUGGAUCGACACCUCCUCCAAGUUCGGUAAGGGUCGCUUCCAGACUCCUGCUGAGAAGACUGCUUUCCAGGGUACUCUCAAGAAGGAUCUUUAA